UGUGGAAGGUAUCCGUUUUGUCCCAACACUAGCACUUUUCCAGCUGUCACCUGUCAUAAGUAAUAACCUAUCAACUUUGACGUUGUCAAGUAAAAUCAAUAUGGCUAUCCAUUUUAAUUUUCUUUAUGAAAACAUUAUCCAAUAUUACACAUAACAAAACGAUUGUACUUAUAUAUUUAUCUAUUGUAACACCAGGAUUCUAUUCUAUUUUUUGUAUUGGUCAACAAUAUUGCAAAACUUUAGCGUCUCUCACUUCAACAAAAAAAAAACGUAGUGUUGCUCAUCAAGGUGACAUAUUUUUCCAUUUAAUUAAGGACUUUAAAAGUUGCUGCAUCUUAAUGUCAAAUAUCAUCCCACCGUUACUAUGCAAUACUCCACCACCGCCCCCGUCACCUGACGAAGAAGAUGAAGAUGACUUUGGGGACUUUUCAGGAGCGAACGAUUAUUCCUAUGGCUGUGACAACUUAUCAUUGCCUUCAACACCUGAAGAAUCACCUAAAAAAGUGAUUAUUACCAAACAGGUUGAUAUCAAUUGCAAUGCUGAAAAUAAGAAGGAAGAUCAAACAACUGUGGAACAUGUUCAAAAAAAUUACUUAGACAGACGAAAAAGCAAUGAAAGCUUUGAUAGUGGUAAAUUGAAAUAUUCCAAUCAUGUUAUGGACAAAAUUGAUUCCUGCAAUGAUAUCAGCCAAAAUGUAUCUGUAGAUGUGAGUGAAGGCACUAUUAGUGAUAACACAAAUCAGAUUUCCCCAUUAGGUAAUGAAAAUGAAAUAAAUAUUGAAAAAUGCCAUGAGAAUGAUCCCCAACCUGAGCAAAUUGAAGAUUUGCCACUUGAUGAACUUUCAUUUGACAACUGUGGGCAUGAUGAUGCUGAAUUCAUGAGGGAAAUCACUGAUUUCAGUGAUGUAUACAGAGCAAUAGAACAAAGUGGAUAUAGUGAUAAUCAAAAUAAUGAAGAUGAGUUUGGAGAUUUUGUUGUAAAUGCUGGAAUAGAAAUUAACAAACCAGAACUGAAUAAUGAUGACAAUAUAAUAUAUAUAACAUCAUCAUUCACAAAGGAAUCUGAAAUUGGAGUAGGUGAAGAAAAAAAUCACAGUGCAAUUGCUAGUAAUAGUGAAGAUGCUUAUAUUCAGUACAACCACAUGUUUGAGAGUAAAUCAAGUUUGAAGGAUGAUGAUCCUAACUCUGAAUCUGAUAGUCUAAAAGAAAAUGAUAAAGAUAUUAUUUUUGACAAUGAUUUUGUAGAAAAUUCUCUAAAUUCAGCAGUAACACCAGAGCUAAAAUUAGAAGGGAGUACUAGUAUUAUAUCUGAUAAUCAGGAGUUGUCAGAAGAAGUCCAGGAAGAUGAUGACUUUGGAAACUUUGAAACAGCAGAUCCAAAUAGCGACUCUAAAACUGACAAUGACUUUGGCGAUUUUGCUAAUUUUGCUUCUCAUGAAGAUGCUUUCAAAGAAGCACAAACUGCUGCUAGCACAACAGAACAAGCUGAUGAUGACUUUGGUGAUUUUACAUCUUCUAAUUCUGAUGACUUCUUUGGAGCAUCUACAAGCCAUAACUUAGAAAAACCAUGCAUUAAGUACUUUUAUUUGGGCAAAGAAGAAGCAUACCAAAAGGCAAAGGAGAUUCUCAAGGAAAUGAUACCACUAUCUGAAGUGACUGGUGAAGACAUUGAUGUAAAAGAGUUAGGGGCUGAAGAUUUUGUUUUUAAUCAGCUGAAGGAUGUCACUGAAACGCCAGCAUUGAAUUAUCAAUGGUCAAAGUCAUCCAGUCAAAAGAUGUUAUUGAAGGCACUCAAUAUUGAUGCAAGAAAUAUACUCUAUGGUCCAUCAUGGAACCCUACUAUGCCAAGAUUUGCAGCGAAUUUGACGAUGGAACCACUGGAACCCAUAAAGACGGAGUGUGCCAGUCCAUCUCUACAUAAAUCAGCUCCACUACUUAAUCCUCAACCUCCAGUGCCAGAGGUACCAAGUGCUCAGUUUGAUUGGAGUGGUUCUGGACUAACGAAUCCUCUUGAUCCUAUUUCCGCCACAAAGACUGAAGAUCUCACAGUAGAAACCACUAAGCAGCCUGAUAUUUCAACCAGAAUUCAAGACGACUCACCGACGGACGCGCAACACGACAACUUUGAAGACUUUACCUCAUACCAAUCCACGCCUAUGCCCCAGGUAUCAGACACUUGGUCAAAACAGGUGCCCUUAAGAGAAACAUACAUAUCAUCCAGCGAUAACCACGAAGUGGUGCCCGAAGUGCCUCUGAAUGUCGAAGCCUGGCUGCAACCCACUAUAGUCACACCUGAGCUGCCCAGGAAGCAGAUCGAUGCGGAGGAGGAUGUUAUUGUUGAAAAAGAGGAGCCUGGAAAAGGUUUCAUGGACCUGGAAGAAUGCGAUGUCAGCAACGAAGUCAGGGAGGAUGCAGUUGCGACGUCUGUUUUAUCUAAAGCCGAGUUAUCGAUAUUUGACUCGUUGAGCAAGUCUGAAGAUAUAAUCACAACUAGCAAUGAAAGUAGUCCGGAAAGAGUUCGAGGCAAAGUUCCUGAAAAUCUUCAAGAACCAAUAGCAAGUUUAUCAAAUGAAGAAGACGAAUUUACGGAUUUCCAGUUUUCAGUUCCCGUUUCAGAAAUUUCUCAGCCUCCAAGAUCCUUAACACCCAUUGUGGAACCUUUAAAACCGGUCUUUGAGCCUUCAAAGCCCACAGUGGGACUUUUGAAGCCAGUUUUGGAGCCAUUGAAACCAGUGCCUAUUGCUUCAAACGUAUCAUCCAAAGCUGUUCCUACACAGAUCAACUGGCCAGACCCUGGCAUUACCGAGGAAGAGUUGAAGAAAUUUGAUGAGGUGUUCUCACAACCAGCUCUGCAAAAUCAACCAGAACCCACAAAGCUAAUACAACCAGAAAUAAUCAAAUCAGUUCAGCCUGACAGUAUCAGAUCAUUACAUCCUGAGGUUGUGAAGCAAACGCAGCCUAACAUUACGAAAUCUGGAUCUACAGAAAUUGUGAGACCAAUGCAGUCUGAUGUUAUGAAACCAAGACAUCCUGAAGCUACAGACACAAUACAACGAGAAGUUAGUAGAUCAGUACUUCCUGAAGUAAUUAGACCAGUACACGCGGAGAUUAUGAAACCAUUGCAGCAAACUGUUAUGAAACCUAGAUACCCUGAAGUUACGAAACCGAUGCAACCUGACGUUAUGAAAGCUGUUCAAUUAGGCAACGUCAAACCACAAAAACAAUCGAACAGUUUUGAUGAUGACGAAUGGACGGACUUCAUGUCCGUACAAAAGCCUUCACCAGUGCACAAGAUGAAAACAAGUAGUCGAGAGCAGACCUCCAGUCCUGAUCUGACGUUGUCUGUGUUCAAUUUGGGAAAUAUCCAGCCUAGUAGGCCACCUGUACCUGUCAUCACACCUACGGGAUUGGUGCAGACUAAGCUGUCGUCGAACCUGAAUCAGGUGCCGAUGUCUCCAAAAUCCACUCCAAAGAACAACGUAGUCAUACCUCAGAGUGCCUACCAUGCUCCUCUACCAUCCAUUAUAAGCCAUCAAUUCGCCAGCCAAGCCUACAGCUUCAGGAACAUAGGGCAACCAACCAAUCAGAACGCUGCUGAGGAUGACGAGUGGGGUGACUUUGUGUCAGCACAAACCGUAGCGAACGGUUGGCCUUCGACCAAUCACAGUUCGCAGCAAAAUCAAUUCAACAAUCACAACGUGCAGCAGAGUCAGUUCAAAAUGGUAACACCACAGGUGAAAAGUUCAGUGUCGAAUUUAGUUUUGCCCGAAUUGGACUUUGUAGCGCCAAAAGGUAGGACUUACAACAGUCGGAACAAAUGACCAAACGAGCAGGUUAUGCUAUAGAUGUAAAUAUGGUUGUGUACAUUUGUAUUUAGCGCUGUUGUUUUUGAUGAGUAUUUUGUACUUCCUUCUUUGGAUUGUAUUACAGUUAUGAGAUGAAACAAGUUGUUAUUGGGAUUUUAUUAUUUUUGAGAAGCCAACACUAAAAAUGAUUCAUAUUUUUUGAGGUAAAGUACAAAGCCAAAAUUAUUCAAUAAUUCCUUCUGACUAGUAAAUUGCUGAGCUGAUUUGCAGCGACCCAGUUGAGUUAGAGUAAUUCAGUAGUGCUGUGCACCAUCAGUAUCGUUUCACUAUACAGAGUGCCAUGUACUUCGACUCAGUUUUUAAAUUCCUAGUAUCAUUCAAAAUAUUAAUUGCGUUCCCAUGCGCACUUGCUUGAAUGGUUAAGGGCGUCACAGAUUGAGAGCAUACAUAACUGUCAAACAAUAAAAAUAAAUCUUACUAAAUUUCAACAUUUGUCACCUCUAAAAAGGUUUUUUGGCUGUGUUCUAAAGUGACCAGAAGUUUGUCAAUAAAUUCACCACCAAAAUAAUAUGUUUAAUUACAAUUAUUAAAACGAAGAUAGGAAACAAUUUGAUGCUUUUUUGUUUUUGCUCAUAGCUCUGAUUUUCAAAAAUGUAUCAUAACCUACUAUGACCCUAUAACAUAUCCCCUUUCAAACAUUCAGGUUGGUGUAGCAAAUUCUGAUAUAUCAAUCAAACUGAACGAAAUCGAUCAGGAGGUAAAAUGAUAGUUUCUUUGGUUCAGAUCACCUUAUUGUUAAAAAUCGUUUUUAGCAUAAAAUUUGUUAACCAAAAUGCAGGUCCAAGAAUGAAAUACAGGUUACUUUUUUAUUGGUGUAAUAUAAUGUUCAAAUGUAAAUAGAGUAUUGACGUGGAAUCGUUAUGGUUAAUCCAUAUGAAUUUGAAAUGAGACAUACCAAUGAUGGUUUUAUUAGAUCUACUAAUGUUAGUAGAUUGCUCCGUAUAUCCUGACCAUUUAGGCAGCUAAAUAUUAUUAAUACAUUUCUUCAUUACAAUUGAGGUGUUCUAUGUAUUGACAUUUGCAAGGUGUCAAUUAAUGGCAAAUAUAGUUUUGUUCUAUAUUCAGUCGAUCAGUUAUUAUACAUUCCAUUUUGCUCUUUGUAUCAUUAAUCCAAAAUACAUCAUUUUUUAAUAGGAAAAUAUACAGAUGGGUCCUGUAAAUACAUAGAAUGUCACACUAGAACCUGUAUUAUAGUAUUUUUGAAGUAUUAUUAUGAUUUAAACAUGUUAUCUAACGACAACCGCAUUUUAAAUGCAAUGUUUAUACCUUAAGUGAUAUUAUUUAUAUUUUUCCUUGUCAAAUUACAUUUGAUCAUAAUUUAUGUAAGUUAAAUUUGUUUUAUCAUCUCACUGAGUUCGUUUGCUUCCUUGUAGUUUAUUAUUCCAAGUAAGUUAUACUCAAUUAAACGAUGUACUUAAUUAUUUAUAUAAGUUCAGGUGUAAAUUUUAAAGAUUUAAGUCAUGCCUAACAGCUGUUUAUUUAUCAUUCCAUAUUGUUUAAUAAAAGG